CGCGAGUCCAAAAAGCAAGCCCUCGCACGUGACUCAAUUGCACCAGCCACAUCGCAUGCGCCACGACGAUUUUGCCGCGUCGAACAAAUCCACAACGGAUUUGCCUUUGUUGAAAUCCGCAAAUUCAACAUCAUCAUCAAAACAGCACAACCCGCACAAUGUCUAAGCUAGGAAACCGCGCCGACUGGGCCGACGACGAGGAGUUCGAUGACCCCUCCGCGCUCCCCGCACAGCAAGUGACGACCAACAAGGAUGGCACCAAGACGGUGGUCUCGUACCGGCUCAACGAUGACGGCAAGAAGGUCAAGGUGACCCGCCGCAUCAAAACGACCGUCGUCCGCGAACACGUCAAUCCGCAGAUGGCCGAGCGCCGCAGCUGGCCCAAGUUUGGGCUAGAGAAGGGCCACGCUGCCGGACCAUCGUUCGAGACGACCUCCGUCGGCGAGAACAUCGCUUUCCGACCCAGCGUGAACUGGAAGGCGCAGGCGGCGGAGACCGAGAAGGAGGGCGAAAAGGGCGGUAUCAAGGAUCAGCUCAAGGACAAGAAGGUCAAGUGCCGUAUCUGCAGCGGAGAACAUUUCACGGCUCGCUGUCCCUUCAAGGACACCAUGGCACCCGUCGAGGAGUCUACCGGUGCCGAAGAAGGCGGCGAGGAUGCUGGUGGCGUGGGCGCCGGCUCGGGCAGCUACGUGCCUCCCCACAUGCGGAAGGGCGCUGCUGCUGGUGGCGAGCGGAUGGCUGGCAAGUACGAGAAGGACGAUCUGGCUACGCUGAGAGUUACAAACGUGAGCGAGUUGGCAGAGGAAGGAGAAGUGCGGGAUCUGUUCGAGCGGUUCGGUCGUGUCACUCGUGUCUUCUUGGCCAGGGACCGGGAAACCCAGCGGGCCAAGGGCUUCGCUUUCAUCAGCUUCGCAGAUCGUACCGAUGCUGCACGUGCCUGCGAAAAGAUGGACGGAUUCGGUUACCGCCACCUCAUUCUGCGUGUCGAAUUCGCCAAGCGCGCUACCUAGAUUCCUUAACGUUUUGCUCUCCUUUUUCUCCGCACCCCCCUUCGCCUACUUAUGACACCUUGGGUCUUUUCUAUCUAUUCCUUAUCUCUCUUAUUUCUCGUCAGGCGGGCUCUUUAUUCCUCCCAAACUGGCCUAAGAUCUUUUCUUUGUACUGUAUGACCUGAUCGACGAUGAUGAUUGCUGAAAGACAUCCCGGACAUGUCAUUUACUUCUACUUGGAUCGAUUCUGCACAAAGAAAAGUUUCUCCUUUCUAGUGGUCUGGCUUCUAAUUGCAUUGCAUUUCUACUUCCA